UGGGCGAGAGGACGAGAGAGAUUUAAGUGUCAUUCGAGUGUUGUAAAUUGUACAGAUUGUUUUCAAUAUUCGUUUCGAAGAUGGGGAAUAGAGGUAUGGAAGACCUUAUUCCCGUUAUGAACAAAAUUCAAGAUGCGUUCGCUCACAUUGGGCAGCCUUCGAACGUAGAUUUACCGCAGAUCGCCGUGGUCGGAAGUCAAAGUGCUGGCAAGAGUAGUGUGCUAGAAAACUUUGUGGGCAGGGACUUUCUCCCAAGAGGAUCUGGAAUUGUCACCAGAAGGCCGCUAAUACUACAACUCCAUCCUGCCAAGACAGAGUGGGCAGAAUUCCUUCAUUGCAAGGGAAAGAAAUUUGUGGAUUUCGAAGAAGUGAGAAAAGAGAUUGUUGCAGAGACUGACAGGGAAACUGGUAGCAACAAAGGAAUCUCGUCAAUACCAAUUAACCUACGAGUGUAUUCUCCUCAUGUAUUGAAUUUGACGCUAGUAGAUCUUCCUGGCAUGACAAAAGUACCUGUGGGUGAUCAGCCUCCAGAUAUCGAAAUGCAGAUUAGAAGUAUGUUGUUUCAGUUCAUCACCAAACCAAACUGCUUGGUGUUAGCAGUAUCCCCUGCAAACUCAGAUCUGGCCAACUCUGAUGCAUUAAAGAUUGCAAAAGAGGUUGAUCCCGAAGGAGUACGAACAAUUGGAGUGAUAACUAAGUUAGAUCUUAUGGAUGAAGGAACAGAUGCCAGAGAAAUUCUUGAGAACAGAGUCCUUCCCUUAAGGAGAGGUUAUGUUGGUGUGGUAAACAGAAGCCAAGCUGACAUAGAUGGUAGAAAAGACAUCAAAUCAGCCCUCGCAUCUGAGCGAAAAUUUUUCCUCAGUCAUGGAUCCUACAGGCAUAUUGCAGACAAAAUGGGAACAGGUUAUUUACAAAAAGUUCUAAACCAGCAAUUAACCAAUCACAUCAGAGAAACUUUACCAGCCCUUCGAAGCAUGCUUGAAGAGAACAUAAUGACACUUGAAAAAGAAGUCAAAGGCUUUGAACAUUAUAAUCCAGAUGACCCAUCCAUGAAGACGAAAGCCCUUAUGCAGAUGAUUCAGCAAUUCAAUGCAGAUUUUGAGAAAGCCAUUGAAGGAUCUGGUGAUACAAUUAAUACCAAAGAACUCUCAGGUGGAGCGAAAAUCAACAGGAUAUUUCAUGAGAGAUUCCCCUAUGAGUUGGUUAAGGUGGAAUUUGAUGAGAAACAGCUCAGAAAGGAAAUUGUGUUUGCCAUCAAGAACAUCCAUGGUAUCAGGGUUGGCCUUUUCACUCCUGAUAUGGCGUUUGAAGCAAUAGUAAAGCGGCAGAUUGAGAAACUGAGGAGUCCAGCUGUAAAGUGUGUCGACAUGGUUAUGUCUGAAUUAAUCAACGUCAUCAAGAAAUGUACAGAUCCGAUGGACAAGUACCCUCGACUGAGGAACCAGGUAGAGAAAAUUGUUGUAGAACAUGGAAGAAAGGGAGAAGCCAAAUCUAAGGACCAGGUAAAAACAUUUAUUGACAUGGAGCUUGCCUAUAUUAACACAAACCAUCCUGAUUUUAUUGGUUAUGCAGAAGCCUCAAAUAAAUCCAAUCCUGGUGACAAAAAAUCGAAAAGAACAAUCUCCAAUCAGGUGAUUAGGAAAGGUUGGCUCGCGAUUAGCAAUGCUGGAUUUAUGAAGGGUAUGAGCAAGGAGUACUGGUUCAUACUUACAGCUGAAACGCUUUCAUGGUACAAGGACGAGGAGGAAAAGGAACAGAAAUAUCAAUUGAGAUUGGAUAAUGUGCGCCAGCGUGAUGCUGAGGCGGGAUUCAUUUCCCGAAAAGCUGCCUUUGCUAUCUUCAAUCCAGAUCAAAAAAAUUUAUUUAAGGACUACAAAUCGUUGGAGCUUGCAGGGGAAAACCAGGACAUUAUAGACAGCUGGAAAGCCUCGCUUCUUCGAGCGGGAGUGUAUCCUGAGAGAGAUACAUCAGAGGAUAAGAGCAUGCAAGGUGAGAUUGGCACCUUGGAUCCUCAGAUGGAACGUCGAGUGGAAACCAUAAGAAACUUGGCAGAUUCUUACAUCAAGAUCGUCAGCAAAACAGUUCGGGACCUUGUUCCUAAAACUGUUAUGUUCUUCAUUGUAAAUAAUGUGAAGGAAUUCAUCGGUCAGGAGCUGUUGGCCCACUUAUACUCGAGUGGGAACCAGAAUGACUUGAUGGAAGAAAGCCAAGCUGAAGUCGCUCGUCGGGAGGAGAAGCUGCGCAUGUUCCACAGUUUGAAGGAAGCCCUACGGAUUAUCAGCGAUAUAGACGCGAAUACAGUAAGCACAUCGCUGCCACCUCCUAUUGACACCGGGGACCACGACUUACUUGAUUCUUACAAGCCUCCCAGAAACACUAAACAACCUCCCGUACCUAGGGCGCCUUGGGGUCAUCCGAGUCCUACCCCCCCGUCUCGACCGUCCCGACCCGUUCCGGGCGUACCAUCCCGACCAGACAAUGUUCCUUCUGUACCUAGGAGACCCACUGCGCCAGGCAAACCAGACCCUCCUCCACCAGUACCUGGUCGGCCCCCUGUGCCAUCAAGACCUUGAAUAUCACGCCACUGCGUUGGUGUAGAAUCCACUUGUCACACCGAACGUUUUUCGAUUACUAUACGUGUAAAUGUACCUAAAGCUAGGAAUUACCAAAAUUUCUUUAAUUAGCGAUGUGACUUGCGACCGAAUUUCUUCGCUAACAAAUUAAUUGAAAAUAAUUGCAAUAAGAAAAGUUCAUCUUUCACAGAACUGGUUAGAACCACUAAGAUUGUUUCCCAUCACCAAUAGCGACGCGGUGUUGGGUAAAAUCGUUCCAUUUACAAGUAUUCCGAACGGUAUCCUGUACUAUGAUCAUAACGACUGAUCCAUUUGUUAAACUUAGUUUGAUUUAGAGAGCAUGAGAGCUAAAUAGUUAGGUUUUUCUACUAUUUUUAUUGAUGAUUAACCCCUGGAAGGUUUUCUCAAUUGAAGGGUAACCACCUUUGGAUCGAAACCCGAUAACAAAAAUUUCUUUGGCUGAGCAGCUUAAAACGAACCAAGUUACGGAAAUCAUAAAAUAAGUCUUGUCUAGAACGCGCGGUAUGACUGAUGUGACUUGCCUAUUGACCUUCUUACGAUGGCUUUAGUUAGGCGUUAGAAAUGAGUCAAAUUUCAAAUUUACCGAUUUGGUACAUAUAUGUUAGAACACACAUUUAGAAGUGAUGGUUCUCAAAUUAACGUAAUCAAAAAUUUAAUCGAAAACCAUACUUGUAGAUGUAAACGUUUGAAAGUUUCCCAAAGUUUAUAUGCUUUUCAGUUCCUAAGCGUCUGGCAAUGUUUGCUCCUCGAUCGAGCUUCGUUAUUCGCGAUUGGUUUGUUUUCAAAACGCCUAAUUGAAAAGCGCUGUAAAGGCUUACUCGAUGUUCUUAACAAACGCGUAGCUGGUACAGUAGCUAACAAAUUCAGUUACCAACAGGAUGCACCUGAAGACUUGCAUGUUAAGAUUUACUCGUGUAAAGAUUUGUCGAAAUUGUUCAUGAAGCAUUUUUGUUAGAGUGCAUAUAAAACUACUCAAUAAAUCUCAACAGCUUGGAUUAAACCGCUCGUUUAACCCUUUGAA